AUGAAUGUAGGGCGAAAAGACAUUUGUGACUUCCGGAUAAAGGGUGAAAGGUUGCUUCCGGUCGAUUGGGCAGUGCAACAAAAAUCUCCCGUCUUCACCAAGUCACCUGGGUAUGCAAUAAUGGGUGCCAAGCAAGCGAAAUUCGUGAAAGUGCACGUGAAAAAGGGGAAACCGAAAUAUCGAUGUCUCGAGUGUCGAACGGAUUUCACGAAAAAAGAGGUUUCGGUUUGCACGACUUGCGGAGAAGAUAUGGCUCUCGAGACGUGCUUUCUCUGUAUUGGUUGUACAGAAAUUCAUCCUGGUGAUCACAAAAUUGUUGACAAGGUGCCAUCCACGAACAAGAAUCGACUUCUCAUGCUACGAAUUGCUGAAGAUGUUCACGAUAUUGAAGCUGAUAUCGGCAAUCAGCUCUCGGAGCUCAAGGAAACAAUUUGGAGGGUGGAAAAGGCACACAAGAGCCGAAUCGCAACGGUGCGUGAACUUUUGGAAGAAGCCGAGCAUGAAGUGGGAAAGAAUGGAGCCGUCAAGGCACAAACUAGAGCGCAUCUACUCCGCGCUGCUGAAGAGGCGAAAAUUCGAGGACGGCUGCUUUUAGCUAGGCUUAAGUUAAUCGAUGAAAAUACUCAAAAUGUCUUGGUGGCGAAUGGUAGUGAUCUCACAUAUGAAGGAAGUGUUGGCCUACGAGACGCGAUGCGCGUGGAGAUCGUGAAACAGAGACGACUCGGCAAUCACGCAGCCGUUAUGGAGAUUAUAUCGGAACUUCUAGAAGCAACAAAUGGCAAAGUGACCCUCCGAGAGAUGCAUCUGAUAGCGCGAGUUGUCUUCGAUCGCCUCGAGCACAUCAGCCGCUCCACCAAGAAAAUGGCUAAAGUUGGAAAUGGGACAAGUACGACACAAAUGACAAUUAGCCCCACCGCUUCACCGAUGACUCUAAUCAGGACGAUGAUCUCGGGAGUGGCCGGAGACUUUCGCGCUGAAUGUGCCGAACUAUUGGACACUUUGACGAGAAUUCACGCGCAUGCUGAUGUCAAUAUAAAAGGACAUGCCUCGAGAGACUUUGGAACAAAUGUAGAGCCAUCAGUGGAUUAUUUACUUUCACUGUCGAUCGAGGAUAUUGCAAAAGAGCAAAGAAAGGGGACUAGCAUGCAAAAAUUCACGGAUUUGCAAGUAGUGUUGGUGAGGUAUUUGCUGGCGGUGCACGUGUGCGCAACGUGGAUGAGUCUUAUCGAAUCCGACAAAGAUGAGAAAUCGGAUGUGCGUCAACAGCUGCGUGAUUGCAUCGACGGGUACAUGUACACGGCGAGGGGUGGCCCUUUUGCGCCAGGAGAGCAAGUUUUCACAACUUUGGCUUCCGCAUUGACCGAAUUGGCGAAGAAACAUGUGCAAGUGAAAGGGGUCAGAGCGGUACGAAGACGAGUCGAUAAGAUCCUAAACAGCUAUGCGACCUGGAGAGCUCAGGCAGCCAUCUUCGGCACUCCAUCAUCGGCCCGAAGAGCGGCGAGUCUUCGAAUUGCCUCUAAUCAACUCUGGCACACCAUAAACGAGUAUGACCAAAUC